AAAUCCGAUAAUUCGUGUCAUCGAUAAAUACAAUAAUAAACAAGCGUCGUCGUUGCAAAUUUGUAUUUUGCACAAAGAAUUUCAUUGAAAGUUGAAGCAAUUAGUUAAGAACAAACACAAUUAAUACAAUUAGAAAGAGCGACCAUGGUGGAGAGCAAGCUGCUGCUGGAGACAUUCCAAGAACAGGGAGGCAACAACAAUGCGGCGGUGACUAUUGAAUCCGUGAAAUCAUCAAUUGCCAAAAUGGUUGUGAGAACCGAACGCUUUCAAGGACGCGUUCGCAAGCAUAUUGAUGAUAAUUAUACCGAAUUUAUGCCAAAUCAUACAACACCCGACAUGUUCCUGGACAAGGCGAGUUUGCUGUGCGACGAGAUCAGUGAUCUGUUGUCGUCCGUGGGCAACGAAGGAUUGGGAGCAUUAAAUGAUGCUAGUGGUGAGCUGGCCAAGAGCAGUCGUGAUCUGCGUGAACUGCUGAUUGGAUUGCGGGUCAGUGAGCAUAUACUGAAACUGGACGAUCUGUUUCAGUGCGUAGAGGAGGCUAGGGGCAAUAAGGAUUGCCUUGGUGUACUCGAUUUGUUGGCCAGAUUGCGUUGCCUUAUCUAUAGCGAUAAUACGAGCGAUACAAGCGAUGGCAUUCCCCAGGAUGUGGAGCGCAUUUUUCAAUCCCUGGAAUGCUACGAGUCCAUCAAGGUCAAGUAUCAUGUCCAAUCGCAUCUCUUGCAACAGAAUCUUCAAGAGCGGUUUGAAAGUUUGAUGCAAUUGGGCUGCAAAUCAUUUCAAACAUCCAAGUGUGUAACGCUGCUGGUCAGCAAGGAUGAAGCCCAGCUGCAGGACAUUGUCAUGGCUCUCUUUCAGGAACGCUAUAAUCCUUCCAAGCUAUGCGCCUUUCUGCUGGAACAAUGCAUUGAGCCAUUGAUACAGAAACCCGUCUCUGUGGCUUAUAAUGAGAAUGCCAAGGAUGGCACACACAUGGAGCUAACGCUAUCGUAUGCCAUCAAGGAUCAGGAGACAACAUCUCAAUUGUUGCGUCCCAAUUAUGCGGAAGUCUUUGACAACUUUCGAUUGUUGCUGCAAACACUGAACAGCAUCAAUUGCAGUGUGAAUGCCACACAACAUGUAUUCAGCAUCAUUGGGGAUCACAUCAAGGAUCGCAUGUUGGAUCUGCUUGUGGAGGAGUGCCUUAUUCCCGCUGUGCCCGAGACCAUGGAGGAAUAUCAAAGAUCAACGCUAUGCGAAGAUGUGGCACAAUUUGAACAUUAUCUGGCCGAUACAUUUCUCAUCAAUCCAGAUCAGGAUUUGGCACUCAGUAAAUUUAUUAAACUCUUUGAUACCUAUUAUCGCAAUCGUCUCUCGGCUCGGGUUCUGGCCACAGCACGUGAGAUUAUACAGCGUGAUCUGCAGGACAUGACACUGGUGGCUGCCAGUAAUCUGCCCGCCAAUGUGGCCAAUGAUCCCUUCCUCUUUCCACGCUGCAUGAUCUCCAAGAGCACACUGGACUUUGGCAAGCUGAUGGAUCGCAUACUGCGACAGCCCACAGAUAAUGUCGAUAAUGAUGCGCCAGAUCCGUUGAAUGGUGUUAUAGGUCUGCUGCUCGAGACGUACAUCGAUGAGGUGCCCAAGGUGCACAAGAAGCUGCUGCAAAGCAUUCCACAGCAGUCGGCGCUAUUUCACAACAAUUGCAUGUACUUGACCCACUGGGUGGCACAGCAUGCCAACAAGGGCAUCGAUAGCUUCCCCUCUCUGUUCAAAAUGCUACAAACCACCGGCACCAAAUACCUGCGCGUUCAGCUAAACUAUCAGGAGUCCAUUCUCAUGGAAAUCAUGAGCGGCUUUGAGUUCGACAGUCCACACACAUUGGGUACGGCGCCAUUGAAGCUGGUGCGUCAGUGUCUGCGUCAGCUGGAGCUGCUGAAGAAUGUGUGGCAACAGGUUCUGCCGGAGAAUGUCUACAACAGCAGCUUCUGUGAGCUGUUGCAUCCGUUUAUCAAUGAGCUGGUGACGCGUGUCUUCAAGUUGCGAGACAUAUCGGCAACCAUGGCCAGUGAGUUGAGCGAUCUUAUCGAUGUGGUGCUGGAGAAGGCACCAUUACUCUUUCACGAUCCCAACGAGGUGGUUCAGGUGCGUUCCUGGCAGAAAUUGCAACAGCUCAAGAUGAUGAUGAAUGCGUCGCUUAAGGAGAUUACCGAGCUGUGGUGUGAUGGUGCUGGUCCCUUGACAGCCAACUAUCAGUCCAGUGAGAUCAAGCAUCUGAUCCGUGCACUCUUCCAGGAUACAGAUCGACGUGCCAAGGCCAUAACACAGAUCGUUUAAACAGAAUCAAAUUUAUAGUCUAUAUGCCUUUAAUUUAAAUACAAAAACAAUUAAUUCA